UGCUUCUCAGACUACAUGGCCCUGUGGAUCCCGAGGAGCCAUGUGGAGGGCUUGAGGCAGUGGCUGGGCAGAACACUGCACUUGCCAGGGACCUGGAGGACCCCCGGACGCCUGGAUCCUUUUCUUGCCAAAUGUGGCUACUUCCUGCAUCCCGACCCCAAUGGCGACUUCAUUUUUCGAGCUCUGUACUCGGCCUGCUUUGUGCAGAAGGAGAAAGCAAAUUACAGGUUGGAAAUCAGAAUAUUUCAGAAAAGGGUAAGAAGGUUGGAGCAGCGUGAUGGCUAUGUAAUGAAGUGUCCGAUGACUACGCCAAGCCUGGGCCAAGUGUGCGUCCACUGCGGGCCUACAUUCGUCCAGGUCUCACGGCCACUGCCCCUGGGAAGCUCCAGUGGACAGCCCCCAUGGCUGCUGUCCCUUCAAGGGGAGCUGGUGGCAUCCCUGGAAGAUGCCAGCCUGAUGGGAUUGUAUGUGGACAUCAAUGCCACCUCCAUCACCAUUCAAAGCCCAAGGCCAGACCUUCUUCAGAGGCAGGAGGUGCUGAACACCUCCACGGAGCUCCUGCCCCUCUGGCUGGUCAGUGGCUACUCGGCCUAUUCUUUAGAAGUCACUUGCCCACCGGUGUCAUCCCGGUCCGAGUUGGAGGUCUUAGUUCAUAUCCCCAAGCAGAGACUGGGUCUGGUCAAAAGAGGUGGCUACUUCAAGGAAAGCCUGAGCCUACAGUUCCUCCGAGUCCACCAAUCCAGCACCUUCACAGUUACCGAGAGUCGAGAUUUUGUGGUGGUCAGCAUCCUGGCAGCUGAGGUGCUCCGGGUCCAGCAAUGCCAGGAGGGCCAAGGAGCCCCAGGAACACAAGCUUUCUAUAGGGUAGACCUGAGCCUGGAAUUCAAAGAGAUGGCCACCCCAGUCCUCUGGACAGUGGAGAACUUCUUUCGAUGUGUAGGUUCAGGGACGGAGUUGCCUGCCUCAGCUGCCACGCCAAGGACUGCUCCCUCCCCCGAGUCCCCAGGACCAGAGACUCCUCCAGCAGGUAUGCCAUCUGCUGCCUCUUCUCAGAAGGGGCUUGGACUACACCUGCAGAUGGCCAGACCUGUGGGAAGAAGCUGGGCGUCCACUGUCUCCGAUUUCCCCAGGACGACACAGGCUCAUCAGGGCCCCCAGCCCUUGGGGGAAGCAGGGCUCCCCGGAAACUCCUUGCCUUCAACUAUGCCCUCCUCAGAAUCCACAAGAGCUGUCCAGGCUAGCUCUGUUUCCCCAAGUCCAGUCUCCCCAGCCCCCCCGGCCCUGGCCAUGCAUUUGUCCUCAGAAGUCACCCUUCCUCAACCACCGCUCUGGAGGUUUGAACACUCUCAAGUGUCCCCAGUCUCAGGACCAUCUGUCACCCUCGCUGAGAGUCUUAGAACUGUAAGGCCUGAGUGGGGCUCCACCCAGCCACCAGGAAGUCCCCUUGUGCUGGGAUGGUGGUCAAGGGAGGAUAUGGCUGCAACAGAGCCCAUCCCACGGGAGCCUGACCAGGCCAGUGAGGAGUUCCAGCCAUUGAUGAGGCCCUCAAUGACCAGCCCUACUAAAGAGGCAUCGGGUUCCUGUCAUUCCCCCAGGGGGCCCCAGGAAACAUCCUCCAUAGGGGAGGCCACUGGGCUACCCCAGAAGGGGUCUGACUUGCCCCAGGAGGGAGCUGGAGGGCACCUGGACCUGUGGUCCCCAGAACCCCAUCAGGACACAGAGGUGCCAGGACUCACCACCCUGCUGGGAAGGGUUACCCCUUUCACCAUCCCAACAGUGAGCACACCCAGGGUCCUGGUGGAGCUUGGACACUCUUCCCCUGCUGGCCAGGGAGCCUCACCCCAACAGGAGCCGAUGGAGCCCAUGUUGGCAGCCAGCCCUGAAAGUUACAGCCUUGUAGGAGACCGGGGUCCUCCGCCGAGACCACGCAGCUGGAGAAGAUCUGACCUCUGGACCCAUGCGAGCUUCUUCGCGGGGCCGCUCAUCCUAGGAGAGGGGCUGCAGUGCAGAGAGCGGGCAGCAGGGGGCAGCAUAUCCCACCAUUCCAGCCCUGCCUAG